CCACCUCUUUCUGCGUUUGACAGAGUUUACGGUUUGUAGUGGGUGCUGGAUGCUACUGAAAAAUUUUCAUCACAAUAAUCGCUGUAUGGUAGUCGUGCAUCCACUGUCAUUUUCAUUGCUACAGAAAGCGAGAUAUCAGUAGAGAGCCAGUCCCAAGAGUACAAAAGAAGUGUCAUAGAAAGAAUGUGAAUGGAAGUGAUUGAAAGUUUGUCCAAGAAAUAUAACCCAUUUCGCUGGGAAAAUGUGUGCCUCAUUCGAGCAGCGAAUCUUCAUCUGAUGUACAGUGCGGCUCUAGAACGAUUGGUGGCGGAACGAAACAACGGGAUACAUAAUAUAAUAAUAAGCAGAAAAUAAUUUUACGGGAGAGAACACGAAAGGAAUGCAGUCUGACGGAAGUGUACUUAGCAGCGCGGAGCUCUACCAUCGCCAAACGCCGAUGGUUCUGGAAGUCCCCGAUGAGCGCAGUAGUGUCAGCUCCACCAGCAACGAAACCGACGCCGACGAGUACCACUCGCUAAUUCCGGGUGAGUCAUGCAAGAAACGGAUAACUAAACGGCAGGAACAAAACGGAAAAUUAGGCUGGAAUGGUUCGACGAAUCGAGCCGGCUCGGAGGCAGUCGGAGGAAACAACUGCACCCGAAAUCGUGUGUUUCUGCUCACGAUGGUCUUGUUUUGUUGCGCCACAUUACUGCUGAUGAAGGUGCCACUAGUCCAGGAGAAGGGACGAACAGGGACGAUCGCCGGUUGGAGUGCCAACACGUCCCGGCAAACGGUGGACUACGUACUGCCGGCGGAGAAUACGACCCUCAUCGAACCGUUGAACGUUUGCUCGACGGAAGAACGCACCGGUGAUGGCAGUGAAAACGAUAAAGUGUUUCUGCUGAUUGUGGUAUGCUCGUCGGCGGCGAACUUCGAGGCCCGACAAACGAUCCGCGAAACGUGGGGAAACGUUAGUGAGUUCAACUAUGACCAAUUUGCGCGGAUGCACGCUGCUCUGAAGGGAUCAUAUCUGGAGCCACGAACUCUCAGUACACUAGGAGAUUACGCGAAGAAACUGGACAAUAGCGACAGCUUUGCCGAGCUGGAUGAACAUGUCAAGACAGUAUUGCGAGAGACGACGGGACCAUCAUUCCCAUUAUUUCCGCUAACCACUCACACCCCCUCUCUCGCUCUCAUCUGUUAUAAAUUGAAUGCAUUACCCGCGACUCCCGUGGCCUGGCAGUUGGCGAUCGGUAUUGUUGCGAUCCUCUCGGUGUCGUCAAUCGUCGCUUCGCAGAUGAAAACAAUCGAAGAGGAUGCAGCGCCUGGUUCCGAGCCGUUCCUGUUCGGCCGUUCAUUGCCGUUGUCGUCGACGACGCCACCGAUGUUGUUGAAUGGCUGUGACUUUGUUGUGGUUGCCCGUGGUGUCAAUCGACGGUCACAGAUGGGAUGCCAAUGCAUGCUCGGAACAGACGUCUGGCUCGGUGUGUUUCUAACGAAAGUUGUAUUCUUUCCCGUUUAUUAUUUUUUUGUUCCAGGGACGAUCGCCGGUUGGAGUGCCAACACGUCCCGGCAAACGGUGGACUACGUACUGCCGGCGGAGAAUACGACCCUCAUCGAACCGUUGAACGUUUGCUCGACGGAAGAACGCACCGGUGAUGGCAGUGAAAACGAUAAAGUGUUUCUGCUGAUUGUGGUAUGCUCGUCGGCGGCGAACUUCGAGGCCCGACAAACGAUCCGCGAAACGUGGGGAAACGUUAGUGAGUUCAACUAUGACCAAUUUGCGCGGAUGCACGCUGCUCUGAAGGGAUCAUAUCUGGAGCCACGAACUCUCAGUACACUAGGAGAUUACGCGAAGAAACUGGACAAUAGCGACAGCUUUGCCGAGCUGGAUGAACAUACCAAAAGGACUAACGCCAGCUCGCGUGACCGUGUGACUCAUAGAAACAAAUCUAGUCAACUGCCGGAAACGGAUUCGGGCCAGUAUCAGUUCAACGUGAAGGUUGUCUUCCUGCUGGGACAGACAGAGUCGGACUACCUGCAGCAGCGGCGACACUUCCCGGCGACGAGUGACAGCCCAAUCAUUCCGCCUAGUAUGCCCACUCGUCCGGAACAAUCGGAAGCAGGUAGCAUCGCCGGACUACGAGCCCGAAUACCGGUCCGCAGUCUGUUUCCGGCCGGGGGUGAUGUCGAUCCGGCAUUCAACGUGCCCGAAGUAGAGCUGGAUGAGCUGCAGAUGAAAAUCAUCAAUGAAAGCGAAGUGUACGGCGACAUAAUUCAGGAGAGUUUCAUCGAUACCUACAACAAUUUAACACUGAAGACGAUCAUGAUGCUGAAGUGGGUCGUAAAUAAUUGUGACACAAAAGUGAAAUACAUCAUGAAGUGCGACGAUGAUUCGUUCGUGAACGUACCGAACUUGUUGCAAGUGCUUUUGGGCGGAACCGUUCCGUUAUACAAGGCAUCGAUACCGUUCAACGAUCGGAACACUGUCGCAGUUAUGUCACAAAAGAAUCGACUGGUUGAGGUGAAACGGUUACUGAUUGGAUUCCUGUUCUGUGAGGUAAAACCGAUCGCUGACACUAGCAGUAAGUGGUACACACCAAACUACAUGUACAACAAGGAAUUCUAUCCGCAUUACCUUUCGGGAACGGCAUACCUAAUGAACCUGGAUGCGGCCAAGCUUCUGUAUCGCACCUCGCUGACGACACCCAUCUUUCAUCUUGAGGAUGUCUAUUUGACCGGAAUCGUGGCCGAUCGGGUUAAACUGCGUCGCUACCAUCAUCCACUGUUCUUCUAUUCCUACACAAAGGAUCUGUGCGCAUUACGGGGAAUGAUCUCGCAGCAUCAGCUGCAACCUGGCGAUAUUCGUAGUGCGUACGAGUUUAUAACCAACAGUACAAUCGUGUGCGUCAGACCGGAACAUAAUUUUAGCAUGGAUAAGAUGAAGCUUCAGAUGCGUAAAAAAUGCCAUUGACAUCGGGUUAUCCGCCGUGGAAACGGUGGUUCGCGGGGAUAAAAUUUCGCCGUCAGGCAGCCAGUCACAUGUUCUCUUCCAUUUCAUUGUGUCCGUCUGUUUAAAAAUUUCUCGUUUUAGCCUAACCGUUUGACACAAAAAAUGGAGGAAAUGCAAUGCAUUGCAUGCCAGAGACAUUCUCAUUUUAAAUAGCAGAUAAAGUAAAAGAUCGAACAAUUUAGAUUUAGAAGCGGAUCCACUACACACUUGCCUUCGAGCGUGUAGAAGCACUGGUUAUCGGAGAUAGUCUGUUGUUGGUGGAAAACCAUUUUAAAUUGUUAAUAAAUUAUCUAUUUUCACUAGUAUUUACCUAAACGACAAGAGGCGAGUAUUGAGUAGUGAGUAGAGUGCCGCAGAACAAGACAGGAGGAGGUAGUCAUGAUACUGUCGAUAAUAAACAAGACAAAAAACGGUAAUCUUGAGCAGAAAGAACUAAACCAUGAAAUAAAAUCAUUUGAUUCAGCUGUGAUUUGAAAAUAUUUUAGAUAGAUUUACAAAACGCUAGAAUAAUUAAUAAUUACAAUUGAAAUCUUAUUAGUCAAACCAAACAAACAGUUAUAGCGAAUCCAUUUACCGAUCUUGAGUCAGAAUGUAGCAAAAUAUUUACUACUUGCCCGAUAAAUCCCAACGUUUGCUCUGGCUGUCGCAGCGAGGGCCAAGCAUUUACCAAUAUCAAGUUAGCGAUUUAGUCAAUCACCAAUUAGUGAAGCCAUGACUUCUCAGUUCUCAACUAGCAAACCGAACACAAACAGUAAACAGUAUAUGUAAUGCAAUCGAGCACAAUGCUUAGUUUUUAAUCGAUUAGUUUGAACGUUUUUAGUCAGUUUUUGAAUAGUUACGAAUAGUUAGUUUCAAGUGACCUUUAUUAUAGAAAGCAAAAAAAAAUCACGAUAUCAAAGAUUUGUGGUCGGCACAAACAGUCAAAGCCCUUCAUUGAAAUAUCAUAGUUUGUAAGACCUUUGUGCGCUGAACGCUUAUGAUUAGUAGUAACGUCGAACGUUGUAGACUAUGCCACUCCUCUUUCCACCUUCUUGGAAUGAACUGUAGGUUGUUAAGAGAUUGGAAAAAUCAGUUUUAGUUACGAGCUAAAGACACUGGAAUGCUGUGAAUUUUUGUUCAUAUCGCUUAAGGACUUAGUUUUCUACCCGUGUUACAAAUACAUUUGCAAAAGUGGG